AUUUCAUUUUGAAGAUUUUAAAUUCAUUAUUUUUCAAUAUUUUCAAAAUCAUCAAAUCAACCAAACAUUCAACCAAAAAAAAAAUGAAACAAACAAUUUCUGUCAUUGUUUUGCUAUUGAUUGGUACAACAUUAGCAUUAAAAAAAUCACCCGAUUGUGAUAUUGAACGACCAAUUCGUGAAUGUUUAAAAGAUGGCCUAUUACGUUAUUCAAGUGGACAAAAAAUUAAUCAAUUUCCUGAUACGAUUCAAGAUUUAAAUCGUGCAUGUGAAGAAUUGAAAAAAUCCGAAACAUGUGCUAGAACGUUUAUCGAUACUUGUACUGAAAGUAGUUAUGAGAAACGUUCAUUGGAUUCAUUAUUGGAUGGUAUUCAACGUGUUAUGAAACGUUUAUGUCGUUCACAAACUAAAAAAGAAAAAUUAUUAGAAAAUGUUGGCUGUGCUAAUUCGGUUGUACAGGAUACAAAACAAUGUUUGAAAAAUUAUCGUAUGUUAGUAUUUGCUGCAAAUAAAUUGGAUAAUAAAAAUAAAAUUAUGCGUAUUCUUUGCUGCAAAAGUCGUAAAGUGGCUCCAUGUAUCGGUGAAGCAAUGAAAGCUAAAGGCACUGCAGUUUGUUCAGCUAAAAAUAUUGAUUAUUUUAAAGAUGUUCAUCAAAAUAUUAAACAAGAAAUGACUGCUGUUGUUUGUUCUGAUUUUGAACGUGAUCAAUGUGAAAAUGUUGAUGUACCAAAUAUCAGUGAAUCUGAAUAUAAAGAUCAAAAUAUUUUCAAUCCAUUACGUGAUUUAUAUAAAAAAGUUAUUCUUGGUUGAAUAAUUGGUUUUUUCGAUCAAAUCACAAUUAUCAACAUUAUCAUCAUCAUCUUUGGAUGCAGUAGAAAAUAGAAAAUGAAUUUAUAAUCGAUCAAU